AUGGAGGAUUAUCGAAACUUGAUCUUGAGUUCUACUAGGAAUCUUAUCACGGCUUUUAACCAACUUUACCCCGAAGGGUUGACUUAUAUAUCUAGUAAUAAUAUGAUAGAAGAUUUUAAUAGCGUGGAUGCGUUUUGUAAAUCGUGUGGUAGCUAUAUUCGCCCGUUAUCGUUUCUAGCCCACCAUAUUGACCAUCCAGUGGAUCUGUGUUUAUAA